AUCAUUCCAGCAAAUGCCCAUUACUCUUCUUCAUUGAGCUAGAAAUUGCUCAUCAAAGGCAACCGUAGGACACACACCAUCUUUAUCUUGAAAUAUAACCAGAGAUAUGGUUGGACCGCCUUUCCUGGUUACAUUCUUGUUCAUGAUUUGUUUGAUUAUGAUACCUCUAGCAGUUGCUGAAACACCGAAUUACACAUGGGAGCGCGGAACACCAUGGAGUGAUGGAACGGAUGGGGUUACUCAAUGUCCAAUACUGCCUGGAGAGAACUACACAUACGAAUUUGUUGUUGAUAAGGCCGGAACAUAUAUGUACCAUUCCCAUUAUGGAAUGCAAAGAGAAGCUGGGCUUUAUGGACUGAUUAUUGUAUCACUUCCAGCUGGAGAGUCAGAGCCUUUCAGUUAUGACCAUGACCAUGACCGUGAGCAUGACCAUGGAAUUACUCUUAGUGAUUGGUACCAUCAUUCAGCUUAUGAUCAUGCAACGCGCUUGUCUUCAAAACCUUUUGAAUGGAUCGGAGAGCCUCAGUCAUUGCUGAUAAAUGACAGAGGAAAAUACAAUUGCACAGGUAUUCACCCUAGUGUCUGUAACUCAUCUCUUCCUCAGUGUUCCCCUUUUGCUCUCACAGAUCAUAUGAUGAAAGCUGUUGAAGCAGAUGAGAAUUUCGUCGAACCAUUCUUGGUUGAGAACCUAUACAUUUACUCCGGUGAGACCUAUUCUGUGUUGAGUGUUGCCAAUAACAGGAAUGCGAUUUCUCGCACUGGGAUUUACAAGCUGGAGUUUGGUUCAACUGUGGAUAUUAUAUUGCAAAAUGCUAAUACCAUGAAGAAUGAAACUAGUGAGACACAUCCGUGGCAUCUACAUGGACAUGAUUUUCGGGUCCUUGGUUAUGGAGAGGGGAAAUUUAACUUGAAAACGGAUGUUAACAAGUAUAAUUUGGUUAAUCCGAUUAUGAAGAACACAGUGCUGCUUCAUCCUCAUGGAUGGACUGCUGUGAGGUUCAAGGCUGAUAGUCCAGAUGUGUGGCUUUUCCAUUGCCAUAUUGAGGCUCAUUUCUUUAUGGGUUGUUUAUGGUGUUUGAGGCUGGAGUGGAGAAAGGUAGGGGAUAUGCCCAAAUCUAAUUUGGGUUGCGGCAAAUCCAAAUACUUGAUUGCACCAUAGGCCCAUAGUUUA